AUGUCGAAACGAAGCGCUGAAGAACAAAUAAUACAUUACGAACGCAAGAUCAGAAAAUUAAGAGAACGCAAAAUUGGACGACGUCGCCGAAUUCGAAUCAUAUCAGAUUCUUCGGAUAAUGAAGAUGUUGAAGUUUCGGAGCAAGGCCUUGCGCCACAAAUCACUGAGCCGGAGCCCGACGUGGAGCCCGAGGUCACGCCCGAUCCCGAACUCGCUCCGGACCUUGGUCCUUUACCAGAUACAAGAGACCAACCAGGUGAUCCAGAGUUGGACCCUGAUCUUUUAGAAGCCCUCGGUGAGUCAACCAGUGACAUCCCAGAAUUCGGAGAAAAAAUCCACGAAAGUUUGGCUAAAUUGUGGUGGCUUCCCCUUCUCGUAAAAGGCCUGCCUAAAGAUAGGAAGGAAAUUUUAUUGAAAGAUUACCUUAUACCUGACAACUGUAGGCUGUUACAAGCCCCUAAACUAAACGCCGAAAUAUCUGCGGCCGUAACUGACUCUGUAAGGAACAGAGACAAGAUCCUGGUCGCUCAUCAGCAACAAUUGGGAUCGGGCAUAGCAGCUGCCAAUAGAGCGUUAAACAUCCUUUUAAGCGAAGAAGAAAAGAGAACCUCCAUAAACCACUUAAGUAAUGUCUGUCGUAUACUUUCGGAUUUGCACGCAACAAACACAAAUAGUCGCAUUAAACUCAUAACCCCAAACCUGGAUAAAAAUUUUAUCCACGUCAUUCAAGAUUCAGUGCGAGAUGAAACUCUGUUCGGUAACAAUCUUUCCGAUAAGAUCAAGGCUGCAAAAGCUAUAGAACGUCAAGGCCUGCAAAUUAAAAAGUCUAUUCCGCGAUCUUCCAGCCCUCAAUCCACAAGCAACCGCUCUUCAAACUCGGGAAACUGGUCCGGCCCGCCCCGGUAUUCGUCGAUUCGCGGCAACCGAGGCGGGAAGAAAACAACAUCGCAGAACCGUCGCUCAUACCCGAGCUCGUCGCAACAGCAGUCAGCGUCGAAGCCCGCAGCAGCGAACAAGCCGCGUGCUCCGGCAACGCAGUAACUCAGGUACAUGCAGGCAGAAUUAAACACUUUUUUAAUUGCUGGACUAACAUAACCUCUAACCCAGUAAUUUUAGAUUGGAUACAAAAUGGCCUCACCAUACCUUUUUACAAAGAAGUAUAUCAAAGAAACGUACCUAGCAAUACAUUUUCGGAGUUAGAGCAUCAGGAAAUGUCAACUGCAAUUCAAAAACUAGUUGACUUAGGUGCCGUAACGGAAUGUCUUCCGAGUAGAGGCCAAUUUGUUUCCAAAAUAUUCCUUGCAGCCAAAACAAGCGGCGGCAAACGUUUUAUACUAAAUUUGAAACCGCUAAACAAAUACGUUUCAAAGUAUCAUUUCAAGAUGGAAGAUUACCGAACAGCUGC